AUGGCGCCGCGCGGCCCGAGCCGCUCCAGGCUCAGCGCCCGGCCGCCGCCCGCAGCCCGAGCCCCCUCCGCCUGGGCCGCCGGAACUUCCGGUCGCAGGCGGGCCCGCGCAUGCGCCACCGGGCGGGGGGCGGGCCCCAAGGGACAAGCCGCCGGAAGCCGCGCGCCGAGCGCCGCGAACAUGGCAGCGCCCUGCGACCUAUGGGAGUGUGAGGACCCGGGCCACUGGGCAGCCGUCCUUGCGCGCCAUGGUGAGGUGCUGCGGGCACGCUCGGGCCCCCAGAGGCGGCUGGCAGCCCUGGACCGAUGGUACCAGGAGGAGCUGCCCGCGGCCAUUGACAGCAGAGCCGAGAGGCACGUGACACGGCCAGAGCUGGAGCAGCUACUAAGCUGGAAACUGGCGAGAGGCCGCUUCCGGCCGCGCCUCCAGCAGCUGAUUCAUGCCAACCCUCCGGAGCUGGUGGUGCAGCGCUCGGCUUCAGCCUUCCGCCUCCUGCCUGAUGCGUCGGCUGCCGUCACGCAGUUAUGUGCUCUCCGCGGCGUGGGCCCCGCCACAGCUUCAGCGGUCCUGGCUGCCGGUGCUCCAGAAGUGGUGGCAUUUAUGUCAGACGAGGCAGUGGCUGCAGUGUCUGGACUGCCAGCCAUGCGCUACACCCUCAAGCACUACCUGCUAUACCUCGAUCAGGUGCAGAAGCGUGCCACUGCCCUGAACAGAGGUGGUGCGUCAGGGAUGUGGACCCCACAACGUGUGGAGACUGCACUGUGGACUUGGAUUGUGGGCCAGAAGCUGUGCCCUUCCUUGCUGCCCAACCUCCACCGCCACCAAGACACCCCUGCCAACGACGACUCUGGACUAAGAAGUACAAAACUUCAGCCCACAGAACUUGGCUGUGGCUUGGGGCCUGUCCAGCUGUCUGCAAACGCAGGCCACACAUCUCUGGAUAAUGCCCUAACCAAGCAAGAGCCAGCAGCCUCAGCAGCUGAAUAAAUAACUUGAAGUUACAGUUGA